AUGUAUAUUGGUGCAAAUAAGCUGUCCGGAUCAGUUCCUCCAGUGCACAACUUUUCAUCUUUGCUAGUUCUUGAUGCAGCUGAAAACCAAUUAUCUGGGAAUCUUCCGCCAGAAAUAGGCUGUACUUGUCCAAAUCUGGAAGCGAUUUUUAUUGCCCUUAAUCAGCUUACUGGAGAAAUUCCAAGGUCAAUAUCCAACAUAUCUAGCCUGGAACUAUUUGACAUCGCCUUAAAUGGUUUCACUGGAUCAGUUCCUGAGAAUAUGGGAAACCUGAGGAAUCUUCUAGUGUUAAACAUUCCAGGCAAUUACCUUGGAAGUGGGAAACCAGGAGACUUGAGCUUUCUCUCAUCUUUAAGCAACUGCAGCCGAUUGCAAUCUUUGGCUAUAAAUUACAAUCACCUUUAUGGGGUGAUUCCAGAUUUUGUAGCCAAUUUUUCAAUCUGGCUUGAAGAGCUUUUUAUGGGAGACAAUCAGAUCAUCGGACGCAUUCCUCAAGGAAUUGGCAAUCUCAUUAACCUGGAUCUUGUGGAAAUGAAAGGAACUUUCAUUUCUGGUGAAAUUCCCAUUUCCAUUGGAAAUCUUCAAAAUCUUGAAGGAUUGUACCUCGGUUUUAAUCAUUUGUCAGGUAAAAUCCCAUCCUCCAUUGGUAAUCUCUCUCGGCUAUCCGAUCUAGACUUAUCCAAUAACAAAUUCGCUGGAGCAAUUCCUUUAUCCCUCAAGCAAUGCACAAAUUUGCAAAAACUAGAUCUUUCCACUAACAACCUUAAUGGUAGUACCCCAUAUCAAUUAUUUGGUGCUUUUGAAAGACUGAUUUAUCUUAAUUUGUCUCACAACUCUUUCACUGGUUCCCUUCCAUCAGAUAUGAGAAACAUGAAGAAUCUUGUCGAGUUUUACGUUCAUAAUAACAAUUUCCAUGGUGAAAUUCCCCUGACACUUGUGGAGAGUUUAGAACUUACAACUCUCUUCAUGCAAAAAAACUCAUUCCAUGGUACCAUCCCUCAAUCUUUUGCCUCCUUGAGAGCUCUUGAGAACAUAGAUCUUUCAAAUAACAAUUUGUCUGGCACCAUACCACCUGAACUUCAAAAACUUCCUUUUCUAGUGAGAUUAAACCUUUCUUUUACUCAACUAGAGGGUGCAGUGCCAAAAAAAGGAGUUUUCAAAAAUGCCACUGGAUUUUCUUUCUUCGGAAAUAAAAAGCUUUGUGGGGGAAUUCCAAAAUUACAGUUUCCCAAGUGCUUCAGUGAGAAACCAAAGGAAAAGGGAAAGGUUUUAUCUACCAAAACCAUUAUUGCUAUUAUCAUCAGCAUUCUUCUUGGCUCUAUUUUGGUUGUUCUUCUUGUUUAUCAUUCCUUGAGACACAAGGCAAGAAGGGGAACAUUUAUGCCAUCAUCUUUGUUCGACAAUGGCUGCUUGCGUUUAUCCUACAAACAGCUUCUUGAAUGCACCCAUGGUUUUGCUUCCUCCAACUUGAUUGGAACUGGAAGUUUUGGCUCUGUAUAUAAAGGAGUUAUUUAUCAACAUGAAAAGCCUGUUGCUGUCAAGGUACUUAACCUUCGAAACCAUGGGGCGGCAAGAAGUUUCAUAGCAGAAUGCAAGGCUUUAAGGAAAAUUCGACAUCGGAAUCUUCUCAAAAUUAUAACUUCUUGCUCAAGCAUUGAUUAUCAAGGCAAUGAAUUCAAGGCUUUAGUUUUUGAAUUCAUGCCUAAUGGGAGUUUAGAAAGCUGGUUACAUGAGCAACAUGAUCAGUCAAGGUAUUUGAAUUUUGGUCAAAGGUUAGACAUUGCUAUUGACAUGGCCAAUGCUAUAGAUUAUCUUCAUCAUGGUUGCGAGACGAUGAUUGUUCAUUGCGAUCUGAAGCCUUCCAAUGUCCUUCUUGACGAUGAUAUGGUUGCACACGUCGCUGAUUUUGGAUUGGCAAAGCUCUUGUCUACCGUCACAAGCAAUAUUGGAAGCGAUCAAACAAGUUCCUCAGUAAUCAAGGGAACAAUUGGCUACGUUGCCCCAGAAUAUGGCAUGAGUGGAUCAUUCUCUCCAGAAUGUGAUAUCUAUGGCUACGGUAUUAUGCUUUUAGAAAUGAUAACCGGAAGGAGACCGACAUGUGAUUUGUUUCAUGAUGGCUUAAGCCUUCAUAAUUUCUGCAAAAUGGCACUACAAGAAGGCUUGAAGGAGAUUUUUAAUGUUCGUUUAGUUGAAGAAAUUGGUGUAAACAGGAAGAGAAUAAGAAAUAAGCCAAACAUGGAAGCUGAGAUAUGGGAAUGCUUUGUUUCUUUCACUAAAAUUGGAGUUUCAUGCUCCACUGAAGUGGCUACUGACAGAUUGAGAAUUAGAGAUGCCAUCAUUGAACUUCAUUGA